AUUGGUGAUAAAGUGAAACUUCAAACUGUAGGUGGAUAUUAUUCAUAUUAUGCUAAGAUAGUAUACAUUGAAAGAAAACAAGUAUAUGUUACUAUAAAAAAUCCGAAGUUUGCAGAACAAUUUUCAGAGUUAACUAGAGUUAACAUUAAGUUUAUUGCCUCAAACUGGCCAUUCAAGUGUUGCCAUUAUGUUUUACACAUCAUAUCAAAACAUAAUUUAAUCAAUUUACUGUAUCCUGCUAUAAGUGCAAAGUAUAAUUCCUCAUUAGGAGAUGACUUUGAUUGGGUACAAGAAAGUGUUGCGAGGAAUCCAGAACAGAAACAGGCAGUUAUUAAUAUUGUAAAUCGUACAGCAUAUCCGGCACCAUACAUACUAUUUGGUCCGCCUGGCACUGGAAAAACAACAACAUUAGUUGAAGCCAUUUGUCAGAUUAGAAAGAAGCAUAAGUCUAAACAUAUUUUAGUCUGUGCAUCUUCGAAUGCAGCAGCAGAUGAAAUAGCAAAACGAUUACUAGCAUUAAUUCCAAAUAAAGACGUGUUUAGGAUGUAUGCACCAUCUCAACAUUGGAAGAACAUAGACGACACUAUUGUUUCUUGUUCAAACUUCAUCGAUGACAUAAUCAUUUUCUUGCCAAAAGAUCUUCUCAUUUUGAAAAAAAUAGUUAUUGCAACACACGUGACAUGUUCAAGAAUGAUAAAACUUAAUUUACGAAGUGAUCAUUUUUCUUAUAUAUUCAUCGAUGAAGCGAGCCAAAGCCUAGAAUUGGAAUCAAUGAUUCCAAUUACUUUGGCAAGCACAACAAAUAAUAAUGGUCAAGGAAUAUUAAAUGCUCAAAUUAUUCUUGCUGGUGAUCCUCAUCAGUUAGGGCCUGUUGUUCGAUGUAAAAAAAUUGAACACCUGCUGGGAAAAUCAAUGUUAGAAAGAUUAAUGGAAUGCAAACCGUACCAAAAAAUAAAAAAUGAAUAUAAUCCAUGUUACAUAACAAAAUUACUUCGUAAUUACCGUAGUCGAGAGCCUAUUUUACAUGUGCCCAAUAAAUUAUUUUAUGAUGACGAAUUGAUAUGUGGUUACGAAACAAAUGAAAAUUUUUUAAUUUCCAAUUGUAAGAGAAUUUCAAAUAAGAAAUUUCCUAUUUUAUUUAUUGCAAUUAAUGGUAAAGAGGAAAAAGCUCUGAGUAAAAGCGUUUAUAAUGUACAAGAAAUCGCAAUUGUGUCUAAUUAUGUGUCGAGAUUGAUGCGUUCCAAAUUUGGUACGCGUAACGUUCGAGAAGAGGAUAUUGGCAUUAUAACGCCAUUCAGGCAACAAAAAAUUAGUAUUGAACGGAAACUAAGUAAACAAGGAUUAAACAAGAUAACUGUUGGAACAGUAGAAACAUUUCAAGGACAGGAAAGAGAAAUUAUAAUUUUCAGCACUGUAAGAUCGAAGGUCUUUAAAAGUGAUGGUGAACACCAUAUCGGCUUUUUAUCUAAUCCAAAGAGAUUCAAUGUUGCUUUGACAAGAGCAAAGAACUAUUUAAUAGUGGUAGGAAAUCCAAUGGUUCUUUGCGAAAACGAAUAUUGGAAAACUUUGUGGGACUACUGCUAUAAGAACAAUGCAUGUCGGAAUUAUUGA